AUGGCGCUUGCGGCAUUGCGUGGAGUUGCGCUCGGUGCAGGAAGGUCUUCCCGGAUGCUGGCCCGCCCUCUUGCAAUGCCGGCGACGAAGCUUCCAGGAAUGUGCGCGCGAUUGCCUUUGCAGGCCGCCACAACACGCUCCUACAUCACCGUGCAGAAGUACUCCAGAGAUGAUGUGUUGAGCAACCUCGAUGAGUACUAUGCUAACGUCAUGAGCACCAACUGGGCUGAUUACCUCAUCCUGGUGUACAGCGUCCCCUUCUGGGAGGCGGAGCUGGAGAAGCUGACAUCUGUCGUGCAGCCGUACCUCCACGAGCCUGAAGUAGGCGCAAAGUUCAAGGCGGUCCAGGAGAUGAUGGAUGUGUUCUACGUGUGUGAGGACAUUCGCGACCACCUGAAUGAGCUGGCCGAAUUGGCGACGCGUGCGUCGGGCUUCAUGGGUACAGGAUUUGCUGCAGAGGAGAAGGUGGAGAACAUGGACGAACAUGCCAAGCAGGCGGCCGAAGCUUACGACAAGCUGCUGGCAAAGCAUCCCGACCUGAAGCCAAAGAUCGAGCAGACUGUUGGACAUGGCCUGGCCAUCCUGCGUCAGAAGCACAAGUUCAAGUUUGGCAGCAUGCACCGCUACUUCUACUGA